AUGCGAACCACCACGCCGAACCCAGCAAGCUCUCGACUCAACGACGCCAAACCACCGCAAACAUGGCCAAGAAAGGUGCGCAUUGCCUCCCCUCCAUGCCAUAGCCACCUAUCAAUCUCCCAACUCCGAGACUGUGAUGCCGUCAACCCGUACGCGCCUGUCGCUAACUUAUCCUGCGAUACAGCCAAGACUCGUCUGAUCCACGUGCGCCUCCUCUCCAUGGCCAUGACCGGCUUCUUCUACACCUUUAAGCGCCCACGCACGGCUCUCCCCAUGGGACUAUUGAAAUACGACCCGAUUGUGCGGAAGAAGGUCCUCUUCCUCGAAUCGAAACGAAAAGGCAAAUAG